GAGAGUUUGAGGCAGCGAUAGAGCCGAAUCUUCCCGGGGGUCACCCUUCUCUUCUGCUUUCAUGCACCGCCUGCUCCAGUGGGACCCGGCAGCAGUAUGUCUCCCACCUCCGCCCGGCGUUAGAUCCAUGGACUACUACGAUUCCGACUGCCUGGCCGGCUUUGUAGGCAAGGUCCCCCGGCGAGUGCCUAGGGGCUGUCCCGGACCUGACAGUUCUAUCGGGGAACACGAAAGAGCCAUAGACUUCAGCCCGUACCUGGAGCCCCCAGCCGGGGCAUUGGGAGGAGGGAGCCCUUCGGCUGCGCCUCCUGGAGACUUUCUGUCCGAUCUGCUGGGCGCGGACGAAUACAAGUGUGGGCGCAAGGGGGCGCUAGAGUACAGUCCGGGCGGGAGAGGGCUGGCGGGGUACCCGCAGCUGGGGGAGACCAAGGUGGAGCCCGUAUUCGAGUCUCUGGAACCCUACAAGGGCCCCGGCCGGGAGGAGAACGCCAUGCAGUCACCGUACAGUGUCCGCGCCUAUCUGGGCUACCAGACGGUACCGAGCGGCAGCAGCGGAAACAUCUCCAGCGCCUCCUCCUCCUCCAGUCCCCCGGGCACCCCCAACCCCUUGGAAAACAAGAGCGGGGGCCCGUCUGGGGCGACGGGGGGAGGCUACGGGAAGAGCGGAUCGAGCAAAGGGAAGAAGUCGCUUGACAAGCACAGCGAUGAGUACAAGAUACGCCGGGAGCGCAAUAAUAUCGCCGUGCGGAAAAGCCGCGACAAAGCGAAAAUACGCAACAUGGAGACGCAGCACAAAGUGCUGGAGCUGAGCGCGGAGAACGAGCGGCUGCAGAAGCGGGUGGAGCAGCUUUCCCGGGAGCUCAGCACCCUCCGGAACUUGUUCAAACAGCUGCCCGAGCCCCUACUGGCCGCUACCGGCCGCUGCUAGGCCUAAGGGUGGCACCCCCUGACUUGCCCGCACCCGGGGCGCUGUGCCACCCAUGGACUUGUCUGGGCCAAAACAUGGGUACGGAACAAACUUCCCAAAUACUGCACUAGGGACAAUAAUAAUAAUAAUCAGCCUGCACUUGGGGUCAGUGUGCUCUCAAAGCCCAAACAUUGGACUGGGAUUAUCAGUUGAGCUGUGCCACAAUCAGCACUGGCGGACUCCCCCCCCCCCCCCCCCCAAUUCUGUAUUUACCCAAAACCUUUGCUCCUGAAUUCUGCACAGGCAAAUAACUGGGGGCUGUUGUCUUUACCCACAGCCACAAAUCCCAAGGGGGACUUCAGCUAAAUCUGUACCAGGCACUCAAAUGAUGCACCCCAAGGUUAGCUUCAGCUAAACGCCUAUGGCACCCCUAUUCUGGACUGUGAGUAUUCCUUCCUGACCUGCAACCAACAGGCCUGCACACCCAGAUCUGCUAAAGGGAUAGAACAUCCUUGCAGCAUCUGACACCAUGUUGUUCUGUUGAAGGAAUCCGAGGUGUACCCUGCUCCUGGUUUUGCUGGCACCCCACCCCAACCUUUAACCAUGCAUCCUUCAAAUCUGCGUAAGGGGUUCUCUCUGAAACAACAUACCCUGGGAGACCCCCAGUACUUAGUUCCCAGUCUGAACUCUGUCGCUUCACCACCUCACUAUCUGUUUUGAGUUUUGCACCACCCAAUCGCGGUGCUCUUCCACAGCCGCCAACCCCCUAAAACAAUAUCUACACCACAGCGAAUGUAGCGAUAACUCUAAAACUGCAUCACCAAGUGUGCCAAAUGCACCCCUGCAGAUACAUUAGAUCGGUACUGGCAGGGCAGUGGAGGGCUAAAGCUGCACUGGGGGUACUUCAGACACCGUUGCCCCCCCCCCCUUUUUUUUUUUGUGGAAACCAGCACUUCAAGCCUGCUUCAAAGAGCCUCACCUGGGUGCAGAUCACCCGUAUCACUGGUACAGCCCCAAAACGCCUGCCUUCUGUGCGAUUAAGGAAGAGCAUCCAUCUACAACCCACACCCACCCAACUUAUUUCUUUGCUAAUAACCAUUUGAUUCAGGCCAGAAUUAUGAAUUGGGAUUUUUUUUUUUUUUUAACUUUCAUCCAAAAUCUGCAAGGAGGGGGCACCCCCCAAGUUUUUAUCAACAGCAAUUUCCCUAAACUCUGCAGCCACUACCCCUAGCUUGCAGGCUGAUGCAAUAUGGACCCUGUACUUUGACUGUGGUCAUUUCCUUAUGGGGUUAAGUAGAGCGAACAUUUAUGUUUAUAUGAUUGCAGUUAUUUUUUAUUGUUUAUAAAUGGCUGUAUGGUUUACACAGUUUUGUUUGCUAUUAAUACCGGCAAGUCCCUGUACUGUAGAGCUUGCAAUCUUGACAACUGAGGCACAGGGCCACGAGAAGCAGGGAACAGGAAUCGAACCCGGGCACCCCCUUUGUAUCAGUGCACUUUUACAGCCAAGUCUGAACCACUGCAGCAUUAACAUAUACAGGAGGCGAGAGGCCCGGGGUGACUGGUACAGGAAUCCUAAACUUGCUACCUGGUGAACUGUAACUCCUAAUAUCACAAGGGAACCUGGGAAUUGUAGUCUAUAUAGAAAUGGAUAGUGAAUGGUUAAAUAUUCCUGCCUUGGCUUUAAGGCUUGUAUGGGGGUAUAGUUGCUCAUACUGGUAUGCUUUAAAACCUACAUACCUCAGCUGCAGCAGAACCUCAGCGUGUCACUAUUAUCAGUGAACUGAGUCUCAAUGGGUUCUGCUAUGGCAGCUCUUCUUAUUGCUGAUCAGGCCUUAAUCAUAGAUCUUGGUCUUUUUAACCUUUUUAGUGCCACAGAUUAGCACAAUUGCUGUGAUUUGAUAUUUUGGUAAAAUCACGUGGUUUGACUUUAAAUAGAAUGCCACCCUUGCCCUUCAUUGGUAUCUUGGCCAGCCUGCCCUGUAAGGUAUUGCGCACACAUAACUGGGGGAAAUGUUAAUGGUCUGUUGGGUGAUGCAUUCGUGCUAAAUGCACAGUCAGGAUCCUUUUAGCUUGUAAUAUACAUUGUUAUAACCCUGCUGUAGCCUAAGGCAGCACUCACCCCAAGAUUGACCCUUACUUACCUUCAGGCUGUAUCCUCCUAAAUCACAACAAGGUUACAGAUGUAUAGAAACAUUGGGGUAACAGUCACCCUGCUAUAGUUCCAGGGGUACCCAGGGCACAAAUAAGCACUCACCCCAAAUCUGCCCUUAACUGGCCUUCAGACUGGGCCCCCUUAGCCCAUAACAAGGUUACAGAUAUAUAGAAACAUUGGGGUAACAGUCACCCUGCUAUAGUUCCAGGGGUACCCAGGGCACAAAUAAGCACUCACCCCAAAUCCCCCCCUAACUGGCCUUCAGGCUGGGCCCCCUUAGCUCAUAACAAGGUUACAGAUAUAUAGAAACAUUGGGAUAACAGCCACCCUGCUAUAGUUACAGGGGUACCCAGGGCACAAAUAAGCACUCACCCCAAAUCUUCCCCUAACUGGCCUUCAGGCUGGGCCCCCUUAGCUCAUAACAAGGUUACAGAUAUAUAGAAACAUUGGGGUAACAGUCACCCUGCUAUAGUUCCAGGGGUACCCAGGGCACAAAUAAGCACUCACCCUAACUGGCCUUCAGUCUGGGCCCCCUAAUGUGAAAAUAAAGUUAAAGAUUUUGUGAGCCCCCAUUUCCAUCUACCUAACGGCCCAAGAGGCAUUCUUGUGUUGCAGAGACAAAAUGUGGGCAAUGACUUGGCACUUUGGAGAAAAUACUAUUAUAUUAUAAAUAUAUACUUCUGUCACAGGAUUGCUGGUACAGGGAGUUACACAUGCAAUACUUGUACUUUAUUGAGAAUAUUCCUAAGGGUCUGGCUGUGAGUAUCUGUGCCAUGCCUAUAAUAUACGCCCUAUUUUUAAAAAAAAUUGUAUUCAAAAGAGAGAGAGAUAUAUAUAUAUAUAUAUAUAUAUAAAUAUAUUUAUUGAAAAUUUGUAUCAGAGAGCACAUCUAUCAGUUUGUUUAUAGAGGAAGAAGAAAUGUAUCUGAGCUGGACCAGCUUUAGAUACUUUGCACCUUUUCCUACUGCAGUUGGAUGAACCCAGUUCCCUUCUGGUGAUUUAGAUCUUUACAAAUCCCGACCUUCGUUUUUCUGUUUUUUUUCUUUUCUAGAACAGAGGUUUUAAAAAUAAGUGUUAUUUAAAGUAAAGAGAACAAUCUUUUCUAUGCCUGGUGAUGCAAUAAGGUUAAACAUGGCUGCAACCAACCUCUGAACACAUGAUGCAAUCCUGUGUAAUCCAGCCAUAAACUGUGUAAUCUGUUAAGAUGUUUUAUGUUUUUUUUAUAUUAUAUAAAAAUCUAUUUCUAUAUGGGAUGCAUUUGUAUAUUUUGGGUUGCGUUGAAUAAUUUUGUAAUAUGGUUUCUGCCUAUGGGGUGGGAUACUUUCUGGCAGAACAUUUUUGAAUGUUUUAAUUUAGAAUUGAACCAUUGUCCUUUAUUGGUCACUUGCCAGUUAAUUUCUUUAUAUCCGAUCCUUUGUAUUUUCAGUAAGCCCCUUGAUAUUUUCAAAAUAAUAGUCAUCUGCUACGGUACCUGAACUGCAACACCCAGAAUUCUCUUCCAGCUGUGGGAAUUGUGGGAGAUGUAGAUUUAGAGGUGUGGGUGGCAGAGCCUUGCACUGUCUGACUAUUCUCACUGAGUUGUAACUUCAAGCAAAAAACAAAAUAUUCCUACAAAUAACUUUUUUUUUACUUUUUGAAUUAAAAAAAAAAGUGCAUUAAAAUCUAAGACUGUUAUGGAAACCACUUGCUAAAAUAAAGUCUAUUUUCACUAUU